AAAUCCCUGGACUGGCCCCCGCACUCUGCCCAGCUGCAAGGGUACAGGGCUUCCUGCACGACACAAGCUGAGUCCCCGCCCACUAUCUUCCCCAGCCGAGAUCCCCCCCCCCCGCGGUCCGAAGUUCGCGCUGCCCGGACUCUAAUUCGCGCUGCCGGAGAUGAAGUAGGGUGGAGCCGGAAGCGGAAGCACGGCUCGGGCCUGGCCCCGCUGCGGGGUGGGGGCCGGACCAUAGAGAGAGCGCCACGUCGGGUGAGCGCCAGGUCCGACGCCACCGAAUCAGCUCAGGGACAGUGUGACAGAGGAGCCGGACGCAACCGACUCAACCUGCCAGGGGGAGCCGGAGGCGGCGUCUCGAGGCCAGGGGGGGUCCCCGCCGCUGCUCGCCAUGCGGGUGCCUCGUCCGGGCCCCGGACUCCUGGGUCCCCUGCUGCUGCCGCUGCUGCUGGCCGGCGGGUGCGGGGCGCUCUCGUUCCAGCUGCCGGCGCAGACCCGCAAGUGCCUGAAAGAGGAGAUGCACCGCGACGUCAUGGUGACCGGGGAAUACGAGGUGUCAGAGCCCGGGGCGCCGGGGGCCAGGACCGAUCUCCGGGUCACAGACUCCUCCGGCCACCUGCUCUACUCCAAGGAAGAUGCCAAGAAGGGCAAAUUCGCCUUCACCACAGACGACUAUGAGAUCUACGAGAUCUGCUUCGAGAGCCACGCCCAGUCGGUGGGUUUCCGAGUUCCUGACCAGCUGAUCAUCCUCAACGUCAAACAUGGGGUGGAGGCCCGGAACUAUGAAGACAUUGCAAAGGCAGAGAAGCUGAAGCCUCUGGAGGUGGAUCUGCGACGUCUCGAGGACCUUUCUGAAUCCAUCGUCAAGGACUUUGCCUACAUGAAGCAGCGGGAGGAGGAAAUGAGGGACACAAAUGAGUCCACCAGCACCCGCGUGCUCUACUUCAGCAUCUUCUCCAUGCUGUGUCUGGUGGGCCUGGCCACCUGGCAAGUCUGUUACCUGCGCCGCUUCUUCAAGGCCAAGAAGCUCAUCGAGUGAGCAGCCCCUUGGGUGUGUCUGCCUCUCUCGCAGGACCCCCUGCGCUGGGCUCCCUUCCUGAUGGCCCUAGAAUCCACAUCCAGCCUCUCUCAGCUCUCGUGGGAAGCGGCGCUUGCACUGGACAUCUCUGCCUGUCAGGAAUGGAUUCUGGUGGGAAGCGGGGGUUCUGGCCCCCAGCAGGAAUCCAACUACCCCCAUGUUUAAGGAUCCUGUAGUUAACAGAGGAUCCAGUAGUGACGGCACCGUGAUCGGGAGGGAUUGGGUUGUAAUUAUUUUAAAAUAAAUAGUUAAUUGGGA